AUGGUCCCUUUCAACGUCCUGGGCAUCGUGGCGCUCACGACCGUCGCGGCCAUCGGGAAGCGGGCCUUUGAGCGGCAGGAGAGCGCGCGCUGUUCGCAGGGCUGCUGUCGGAGAAGCAGAUGCGCUUCCAGGCCGAGUUCCAGCUCUCCCAGGUGGACUUGGGCGUGUACUCGAAGGCGGAGGACCUCGCUCCGAGCACUCCACCGGGGUGUCCUACCCGAAGACGACGGCCAGCGCCGCCGCCUUCGACGGCGGAGCCGGGCACGACGCGCUGGACGAGAUCCGCGCCAUCGGCCUGCGGGAGCAGUGGCUCAUCAACAGUGGCGAAGUGCAGCUCCUGCCUGGCAAGGUACUCGGCGAGGGGGGCUUCGGCAUCGUCGUGCCUGGACUGUACCACGGCACCGUGGUGGCGGUCAAGGCAGCGAAGCAGGACGCAGUCGCGGGGAAUGGCGUCCUCAGCUCCUGCCUGCCCCAGCUCUGCAACGAGCUGCGGAUCCUUCGCCGCAUCCGCCACCCCAACGUCGCGAUCCUGUACGGCGCGUGCAUGGACGCCGCCCUCGGCAGGCUCUGCCUGGUGCUCGAGCUCGUGGACGGCGUUCCCCUCGGCGAGUUCCUGCGCGGCCCGCCCCGGGACGGCGAGGGGCCCUCGGAGCUGCGCCCCAGGACGACUCACGAUGCGGGGGGCGUGGCCAGUCUUCCCGCGCGCUCCCGGCUCGUCCUCGACCUCCUGAACGUGCUGCGCUACCUGCACUCGAGACGGCAGCCCGUCGUCGUCCACGGCGACCUGAAGGACUCCAACGUUUUCGUGGAGUGGCGGCGCAGCGGGAGCAGGGGGUGUUCGUACCACGCCAAGCUGCUCGACUUUGGCCUCUCGCGGCUCCUCACCCGGAGAAUGCCAAGUCCCUGGGCGGGACGCUGCGGUGGCUACCCCCAGAACUGCUUGCUCGUCCCCCUCCCGACGCCACCGCCGACUGCUACUCGUUCGGGCUGCUGAUGUACUUCAUCGUGACGGAGCGCCUGCCCUACGAGGGAAAGAGCGCCGACCAGGUGCUCAAGCGGCUGCGGCGCGGGCAGCUGCCAACGCUCCGGUGGCCCGCGCCGCUGGGGGACCUGGGGCACGCCUGCCGACCGCUGGUGGAGCAGUGCACCCAGCUGAAGCCCGCCCUGCGUCCGACAGUGCAGCAGGUCAGCGACGAGCUGUCUCUGACGCUGAGCCACGUCGCGGGCGGCGCGGCGGAAGCGGCGCUGGAGAACAUCCGCGCUGGGUCCGCGGACGCGGCCGGGAGCGACGAGCUCCAGGAGUUCGCCGGCGUGGUGGAGGUGAGGCAGGCCAGCAGCAGCAGCCUCGGCUCGUGGGUGCACCGCCUCGGCUCCGGGGACCUCCCCCCUGUGCAGGAGCACGAGGUGCUGGUGUCUGGGGAGGCCCCAGACAGUGCUGCAGCGCCGCCGCCAAGGACGUCCAGAGAGCCCCGCAAGGCUCGCAGAGAGCCGGCCAGCCUGGUCCACCCGGGGUACAGGCCGACGCCGCUGAGCACGCAGACCCUCACGCUGGCGUAUCUGCUCUUGCAGUGGAACGUGCAGGUGCCGGGGAGCGCCUGCUGCUGGCUGCACGGCAUCCUGCGCGCCGUGGAGAGGGUGCACCGGGAGCUCCGGCGCAGGCCGUGCAGCCAGCAGCUCGAGGGCGCGUUCUCCGGGCAGUGCGGCCAGUGCGACCUGAUGCUGCCGCUGGGCACGCUCACGUGCGAGUUCUGCGAGUGCCCGGGGGGCUCGGGCGGUGUGGCGCAGCAGUCGAGUUCGAGUGAGGCGAUCGUCGUCUGA